AUGAGUGCCGCGAACGAAGGCCAGGAUGGCGAUGCGAAUGGCCCGAUAACGUACCCUUCACCUAAUGCGGACACAGGCGACGCUGGGCCUUUCUAUAACACAGCUUCCCAGGAGCACAUGGAUGAGCCCGAGGAUCGUAAACAGCCCUUCGACGACGAGGACGAUGUAGCGCAGGCACAAGACCACCACAAUCAUGACCAGGACCACAACCUGGACGGACAACACCAGGAGCAUCAGCACCAUGAGCACAUGCAGACAGAGAUGCAUCAGCAUGAUGCGGAAGGGUCACAGCAGCAAAACGGCCGUCCCCCUAAUAUUGAGGAGCUCCAACUCGCUGCGCAACUUGGUCACACAAUCGCCUCGACGCCACUGCUACCCAGCACCGACCCAAACAUGAAUACGGAAGAUUCGAACUUGCGCCAUAUCAUGCCGCAUCCCGAACAUCAGCCCGAACAUCAGCAGCCAGCCCCAGAGCAGCAGCAUCAUGAGCAGCCAUCGGAGGAACAGCCACAGCCACAGCAACACCAUCACCAACAACAGCCGCCGCCGCCAGAGCAACACCAUGAUAUUCCACAGCAGCAGCAACAGCAACAGCAACAUCACCAUCACAACUCUGCUUAUAUGCAGGGAACGCCAACAUCGGAAUCGAUGUUGUCGCACGGCCUUCCGGUCUCAAUCAAUGCCCAGCUGCAGCCGUGGAAUCCGCUGACGAGUGAUAACGUCCCCCCACGCAAAAGGUACAUCAAGGAAUUGGCAGAUCGUAUCAACAGCAUUGAGAGCAAACUUGAGACAGAUGGUGGCCUGACUUCAGAGGAUCUGUCUGGCUUGUUCGGCGAUAGGCCUCUCCGACAAAGCAACUCGGCGGAGGAGUCGGGCAGGAAGCGGCCUUACUCGAGUAUAUCUGGCGGCGACAUGGGCUCGCCUCUGGCAUCUAGGAACACUCCAUGGGGCCCGCGCCAGCUCCCGUCUGCACAGAACCAGGCGGACAUGGAUGCAACAGAGUCAUACAACAGCGCUUCUUUGGCUCCUCAGCCCUUGCCCAUUCCUUCCCACGAUCACAACGCAGCCGAGGCAGCUAUGGAUCUCUCACUGGCUGACUGGGGAGAUGGGCCUGCCGUCGAAGAGGGCGUUUUUCAAGACUAUCUCUCGACCCUUCAAACGCUCUAUCCGAUCCUGCCGAGCAACCUGCCGCGCAUGCAGGAGCUCCUGCAACAAUGUCCGCAUGCCGUCCGAACUGCCUUUGCCCACGCGCUGUUAGCGGUUGCUCAGUCUUCCUCAGGAAACGUGCGGCUUGCCAGCACUCUACUCGCGGGCUGGGAAAGCGAGGAGUCACCGAGAACACCCCUUGUCAACCUUGUGCAUGUCCAGACGCUCUUGUUGUUGAUAAUUGACGCCGACUGGCGGGGGUCGCCUUCGAUGCCCUACCUCAUGGGCCGGGCUGUUGUGCUAGCCAACGACAUGAAGUUGUGGACAACCAAGAACUUGCCUGAUGAUCUUCCACCGGAUUCCCAGGAUGCGUUGUGUAUCCGCGUGUGGUGGUCGCUCAUCUUGAUGGAUCGAUGGCAUGCCGUGGCUACUGGCAAGCCUGUCUUAAUACCCGACCACAGCGCUGUCGUUCCUCGGGGUUUGGACACGGUCCUCAACGAGACCUGCUUCCACCUUGUUCGGCUAUCUAAUACCUUGGGAGCCAUAUCCGAAGUGAGCUCGUCGCUACCACCAGGCGUCACCGUGGCUGAAGCGGCCGUGGCUAGUAUCCUGUUGAAAUACGUGGAGCAGUACCGACAAGACCUCCCAGAUCACGUUGUGCCGUCGACGCAUCCUUUGGUGCAUCUCGCAUACUGGCAUUGCAGGCUCGCUGUCACGCUACUAUCCCCUAAAACAACGACACCUGGCAUCAUGUGGCCAAUGGAGGAGUUGAUCAAGCUUCUCUCUGCCAAUGCCGACAUGCGUAAUCCUCUCGCCAAUCACUUUGGCGGUCUGGUGAUACUGUCUCUCUCCCGCUUGCUGAGCCACGAGGACUCGCGCGAGAAGGCGACGACGCUCAUUAGGGAUCUUUCGGAUAGGCCUGGUGGUGUCUGGGACGGCAUCAGGGAUAAGCUGUCGGAUCUUGUCCGCCCCACGUCCUCGUCGGGCGAUGUUACACUCCAGCACCUAGCUGAUCUGGCAACGGCCUCUACUCAAGAUGAAGCGAGCGCAAAUGACAUGGCCAAUGGAGAUGAAGCUUCUGUGCCAAUGACACUUGAUUAG